AUACUCCACCUCAUUUGUAUCAUUGGGUACGAUCUGAGCCAUAAAAGCCAUAAAAGAAAACAGAGGCAGUAACAAAACAUUGCUGAAAACUGUUCUCCGAAGUCGAAAAAAAGUCGCUGAACCGAUUGACUUAAAAAAUGGAACAGGAUUUCGAGAUUGAUGAUCACUAUCACAAUGAAUUAUCGGAUAAUGAUAACAUUUCUGAGACAGACCCAAUGGCGGACUUCGGCCCGAAUGGACAGAAAGCCAGGAGUAGUGUAACUCGUACUGGUCAACUUCCCCAAUAUUGCCCACAUUGUUCGAAAUCGUUUACACAUUUUACAGCACUCAAAAUGCACGUACGAACUCAUGCAGGUGGCGAACAUCCCUUUAUUUGUGUACAAUGUCCGAAAACGUUUAAGACCUAUCCAGCAUUCAAAAAGCACAUUAAAAUUCAUAUGGCUGAACGUCCCUAUCCUUGUCCUCAUUGUCCGAAAGGGUUUAUGCAGUCUCACCACCUCAAUCGGCACAUUUCAGUUCAUACACCUUCUUUGCAGGUGCACGUCCCUUAUCAUGUCCACAUUGUCUCAAAACGUUUAGACAAAGUAAAACCUUCAGAAAACACCUGGCGAACAUCCAUGGUGAAGAUACAAGCGUUCCGGGCAGGAAUCACAGUAAAGGAAGAGAUAACUGAAUGCCGUUUGUCGUUGAAAGCGGUUAGAAAAAAAGUAUGUCCAUAGGAUGGAUAUUUUCGAAAGUUUACAAGAAAAAAUGAUUGAAGUAGCAAAUAGCAACAAAUCGGGAUGGAACAGUAGACGAAGUAUACAGUGAUACAAACUCAAAUUUGUACAGAACCAUGCAGAUCUCUUUUCACCGAUUCUGAAAGCGGAAAACAAACUUUCGGGAGACUCUAGAUAAACUCAUAGUGUCAUAUAGUGACGUAUGAAAUUUCAUACGCAUACAGUAUCAAAAAUGGAAAUCAUUUGAAUAUCGAACAAAA